CUGCGAGUGGAAAAAGGCUGGCGCACUAGCCGAAAGUCCAUUGAUCUACUAGUGCGAUGACAAUGGCAUGUCCGGAUGUGGUGGGCUGCUCUAGUGCCGUGGCAUAGCCUGGAGCGCUACGCGCAUUCCACAAAGCAAAGCGAAGGGGAGAGAAGAAUAGAAGAAAAAGGAAAAGCGAAGCGAACAAGAGAGAAGGAUUGGAGGGAAAACAAAAGAAAAGACAAGCAAAGCAAAGCUGAUUCUGACCAGGACUUGUAUUAGGCUAGCUAACAGCGGAGGAAACGCUUGCGAUUCCUUUCGUCCUCACCGAAAGGAUGGACCGCUCAGGGCUGCUGCAGGCUCCAACACCUAUUCACAUGGCCAGGGAGAUGUUGUGAGGGAUUUGGAUGGGUGUUCUUCUCUGUGACUUGCCACCCGAGAGAGAGAGGAGGGAGAUAGAGAAAGACCGGCCGUUGAAGCUUCGCUCCAUGAUCUCUUGGAAGUGUUCAUCAGGUCCCGCUGGUGGUGAUCUCCCUGACGAACUGAGCAAUCAAUAGAAGAAACAAAAGGGUCAUUUCCACUGCAGAAAGAACAAAUCAUCUGAAAUGGGAAAACGAGGUCACAGGCGGUCUGCAUCACAAGACGAGGACAAUGUAGGCUGUGUGUGGGGCCUCAUGCGCAUGCUUUACUUCCGCCGUGACCCCAAAUUAUUGUUGGAUACCAAGCAAUUGAGCGGGAGGCAUACAUUCCGGGAGAUCAAUGACAGGGGGCACUCAACAAAGAGGUCGAGGGAUUUUGACGAAAUAGAAGAGGAUGGUAACAUAGAAGAAUGCACUUCGCAGAAACCAAGCGUCAAAAACCUUAUGGAGGAUGAACUGGGAAAAGUAAAGCUAUUGAAGAAAAUUCCAAAUGAUGAGGUUCAAAGAAGAUUACCUAACCUGGGAAAUGAUGUCUCUCUUGAUGCGAGAUCAAAGCAUACAAAUAAACCAACAGAGAACUCAUUUCACCACACAGGCAUCUCUGCACCUUUGUCUUUAUCAGUGGAUUCUGAGGUCUUGACUCAUGCUGAAGAAUAUGAUCUUCAAUCUGCCCUGGCAAGUUUCCUAGGUGAAAUCUAUAGCUGCCACAAUGAAUGCCCACACGGUGAUUGCAAGAAUAAGAAUGAAUUGUGUCCUUCACUGAAGUCCCUAAUCUAUAAAAAGGUCAAUGAUUUGAACAAUCUUCCUCACGAUAUUGAUCAUGGGCAAUCUCAAGAGAGCAACGAUCAAAAGCUAUUGGACCAGAAUAGUCUUUCUAACACCAUGGCAGCUCAAUCCAAACAAUUCAAGGAUGCAUUGGAGAUACUAAGUUCAAACAAGGAACUUUUCCUGAAGCUGCUUCAGAAACCAAAUCCACAUAUAGUAGACAACAUCCAAAAGCACCAAAACAGGGCGGUAACAGCUGGGUUAGAGCCCAAUAAAAUUCCUGGACAAACUAACUUUGUUGGAGGGAGAAGAGGCUCAAAUCAGCAUCCGUUGGCUACAAAAGAGCAGGCUAAAGAGGGCAAAUAUAUGUUCUUCUGGAGGAAGGAUAAAUCAAAUAGAAGACAGAUGCCCGAGACAACUAACGGAGCUCAGACUGUUAGCAAAAUAGUUAUUCUAAAGCCAAAUCCAGAAAGAAGAAUUGGUCAGAAAGCGACCACUAGUGCAAGAUCGUUACAUCAAGAACCUUGUGCGUCGCAUGCUCCUGAAUGCAGCGGAAGGGAAGCCUCAAAGUUUUCAAUUAAGGAAGUCAAGAAAAGAUUCAGAAUUGUGACUGGUGGGAGUAGAAGAGAAAGAAAUGCGGCACCUGCAGAAGACCUUCAAAGAGACCCACGUAGGCUCAAAGAUUCUGUUAUUGCAAUUAAGAAGGAUUUUAUACAUCUCCCGGAAGGGAGCUUGGCAGACAAAUCUGCAUCAAAUUUUAAGAAUGACAUCAGACCUUUGAUCAGCAGCAAGCAAAGGCAACAAAUUGGCAACAUAAGUGAAAUAAAUUGUCAAACAGUAGCACCGAAAGAUGCAUCUAUCUUCUAUGAGGAGGCCAAGAGGCAUUUAUCUGAGAUGCUAAAAGAUAAUGAUCGAUCUGUCAACUAUCCAGCAGUUCAAGCCCCAAAGUCCUUGGAAGGAAUUCUUUCUGUCCCUCAUUGCAAUGUGUCAACCCCUAGGAGUAUGCCGAGGGAAAAGGACUGCCUUUAUCUCUUACCUGAAGAGACAGAUGUUUGCCUUGUGUGCAAGGUUGAGAGAGAAGAAUGCACACAAGAGAGAAGCCAAUCACAGGACGACUUAGGAAGCAUUGCAUGCUGUACUAGUGAAGCAGCUGAUGAUCAGGAUACAGUUCAGGAAGGAUAUUGCAUGAAUGAAGCACAAAAAGGACCCAGAGAUGUUACAGAUGAACCAGACAUCAUGUAUAUUGAAGAAAUUGGUAAAUUGGAUUGUGGUGAAAGAAUUCGCAACACACAGUGCAUUUCAGCAGAACAAGGCAGAGAUGACGCACAGCAGGAAAUACUAGAAGAAACAGAACAAGGAAAAGAUCAUGUUAAAAUGUCCCUGAACUCUCCUGAGAGCAUAGUUGAAAAGUUAGAGCAGCAAGAGCUGCAAACACCAGAACCAAGAGCAUCAACCAAAGUAAUCCCACAGGGUUCUCCUGAGCAAAGCAAUGAAAAGCAAGAAAAGCCCAGUCCUGUAUCUGUUCUUGAGUCAUUCUUUGAAGAUGUUGACAGUCCUGGCUGCAUAAAUACUAAAGAAUGCGAGCUGCAUGAAGAUCUCCAUAGGACCUAUUUCCCAGAUUAUGAAUCAGAUGUAAAGGUCCUUUGGGAGCACAAGAAUGUCAGGUUGGAUUUUAUAAAGCUGGUACUGGAGCUCUCAGAAUUAUGUGCAGAACAAAAUUUAGAGGUAUGGUACCUAGAGGAUGAAUUAAUCAGCCCUUGCUUGUUUGAAGAAUUACAGAAUCAAGGUGAUCAAAUUGAUGAUCUGAAGCUUAUGUUUGAUUGUAUCUGUGAAGCUCUAACAGAGAUCCAAGAGAGAUAUUUUAGACUCUCUUCUUGGUUAUCUUUUCUAAAACACGACAUACGGACACCUCCAACAGGAGAAAACCUCGUCACAGAAGUUGAUAGAUAUGUUUACGGGUAUAUCCAAAAUAGUCUUCCAAGUACAUUAGAACAGAUAAUUAAGAGGGAUUUGGAAGUUCAGACAUGGAUGAACAUUAGAUCAAAAACUGAAGGGAUUAUUGUGGAAAUAUGGGAGUUUGUAUUGGACGAGUUGAUAGAUGAGGCCGUCUUUGAUUUGUGGAUUUGAAGUUCUGAUUAGGUCUCUUGACAGUGGUGCUUUAUGGCGAGUAUAGUCAGUAGGUACAGCUACAGAAGUUUUCGCGCUGACAAUAACCCCUUCUAUGCGGCAGAAUAACAUGGGCUACUACUAUGUUUGAUCUAAGAAGGUAGCAUGUGAAUGUAAAUUUGGGAGGACAUCUACUAGCCUAAGUGUGUAGCUGCAGCUGAAAUCGUUCUCAUGCAUGAAAGCUAAAGUUUCAGUGCUGCAAAUCUUUGAAUUGUGCAAUUUGUGUGGAUGAAGUUGGGCAGUCUGUCACGCCAUGCCUCUGGACAGCGAAGUGUACAGCAGUCUAAAGGGCAUUGCAAUUUUCCUUUUGCCCAUUGAGCGUUUGUGUUCAUAUGUGUGAGCCAUACAGUUUUCAGCGGGAUCAGGUCCCGCUUAAUGUAUACGUUUGUUUUGUGUGUAAAUGUGCAAAAGUAAUUAUACAUGAUUAAUGAAAUAAUACAUUUUCAGCA